AUGUCGGACCGUGACUCUAACCGCAUCUGCAACACAACGGGUUGGUUUCCAAGGAUUAAUCUCCACCCAGUUCAUUGCUUGGCGGCUCUAUUCUUUGCUUCUCAUUCAUCAUAUAUGGCUGAGCUUUCGGACCACGAUUGCGAUAUCAUCGCAAACCAUCCUCUAAGCGACUCACUAUACCGAUUACAAGAUCUACUUCAAGAGGCAGAACAAGCAUAUAAUGCUACCACUGACCCUCAAGAUGCAAUCUGCCAAAGGGCAAUAUCAAAGCUUCUCACCACCUUGAUGGGGGAGGAAGCCGCAUUCAACCUUCGUUUUCCAGCAAGCAAUAAAAAUGUGGCAUCUGAGCUGUCAAGAUUGUUCACCUGCCUUCAAGAUGGCGACUUCAGCUACGAACACUACCGCACACUAGUACGACUUAAAAUCCAAAAGGCGACCAAUGUCGAUAUCUGGAAAGCUGUCCUCGACCUCAUCACCACCGUCUCGCGAGCAACCCCUCCGGCCCGAACCGUUUCAUCCAUUCCACAAACUCCCUGGCUGCGCAACACCAGCAGUUUCGUCAACUCUACAGAAUAUCGAAAACACGUUGAUGCUGUGCUGAAGGAGGAGCUUGGAGAGAUACACGUCGAUAUCCCUGGGUUCUUUGACGCGUACUUUGGAGACAUUCCACAACUCACUGCAAUUUCACAAGCGGUGUUGAAAGAGUGCGAGAAGGGAGACAGCCCACUUUACCGUGAAGAGGAGGGCUGGAAAGGCUGGCCUGAACUUGCGGCAGAACGAGACGUUCUGAGAUGGCUGACUAACAUCAUCGCUGAGCUUGUACGAUUAGCCGAAGCACAAGAACCGUCAUGGAAGAUCGACCGCAGACCUCUCGCACAGCCAAGCCAGCCACUACAGGGGUCUAUCGCGGAGAGAAAGCUCGAUAUCGGCUUUGUCGAUGAUCCGACAGCCACAGAAGACUCCAGAUGCCGCUGGUCGCAGAUCCUUGUGCCAGGGGAGCUGAAGAACGACCCGAAAUACGACAGGAAAUCUGGAGCAUGGUUUGAUCUUGGCAGGUACGCCCGAGAGGUCCUUGCUGCGCAGGACACCCGUCGUUUCGUGCUCGGGUUCACUCUCUGCGGGCCAUUCCUGCGACUAUGGAACUUUGACCGCCUGGGCGGGAUCGCGUCGGAGGAAUUCAACAUCAACCAGGACGGCCUUCAAUUUGUGUCUGUUGUCCUUGGAUUCCUCCUGAUGAGCCGGGAGCAACUUGGGUUUGAUCCCACCAUCGUCACGACCGGGACCGAACGGUAUAUCGAGAUUGAGAAAGACGGUACGAAGGAACGGCUGAUCAUCGACGGGAUUGUCGGACGAGCACGCUGCGUCGCCGGGCGAGCCACAACCUGCUGGAAGGCACACUGUGAGACUGACAAAUUACGGACGCCGCUGGUUGUCAAGGACUCCUGGCAAUAUCCGGAACGCACUGAGGAAGGAGAGUUGUUGCGAGAAGCGAUGGCGAAGGGGGUCAAGAAUGUCGCGAGGUACUAUCACCACGAAACCGUUCGCAUUGACGGCAAGCAUGAUGAUGUCUCGGCUAUCCGAAAGGGCCUCAGUAUUCCGACGAAAGAUGAGAAAGGUGGCUUUAAGGCGACAGUGCGGCGUAGUAGGUCUCAAAGAGGACAAAAGAGCCAGGGCAGCACCACCGGCCAGAAGCGAUCCUCUGACUGCGUGGACACGGCAUUUCCUCCUCCCCCAAGUAAGCGUACCCAGUCAAGUUCUCCGUCCAAAUCUGCAGGCGGCUCAGCCCCAUUCAAUCGAGUUCACCGCCGCGUCGUUAUCCGGGAUUACGGGAAACCAAUCUAUGAGAGUAGUUCGAAGGCAAUCCUUCUUACUGGGCUAGCCGGCUGUAUUGAAGGAUACAUGUCACUCCACGACGAGGCUGGCCUCAUCCAAUGCGACGUUUCCCCGCGGAACCUGAUGGUGAACGAAGACAAGGACAACCCAUCAUGGCCUGCCUUUCUGAUCGACCUUGACCUGGCAAUCAGGGUACAACGGGAUGCGUCUUCCGGCGCACGGGGCAAGACUGGCACAAGAGCGUUCAUGGCCAUCGGUGUUUUGUACGGCGAAAAGCAUUGUUUCAUGCAUGAUCUAGAGUCGUUCUUCUGGGUCCUGUUCUGGAUAUGCAUUCACUAUGACGGCCCAGGGAAGGGAAGCACUGUCGAGCGGUUUGAGAAAUGGAAUUAUAUGAGUACUGAAGAGCUGGCGGCUGCAAAGCAAGGAGUGAUAAGUGAGGAGAGCGACUUUCUUAGAAUUGCUGGAGACUAUUUCACACCGAGCUAUCAGUCCUUGAUCUCUUGUGUCAACCGUUUACGACGGCUUGUCUUUCCAAACGGCGGACGGUGGAAGACAGAAAAUUCCAAUCUAUCCCGGAACAUGAUUGAAACGCUUCAAGAUGCGGAAAAUAACCCAGACAUUGUAAACUAA